GCCGACUUCCGGCUGCGCGGCGGUGGGGGCGUCCGUGAUGGCCGAGGAGAGACUCGCGACGAGAACUCAAUUUCUUGCAUCUGCUGAACCUCAAAAACCUCGACCAAAAAAAGCUCCAGAUUUUCCUAUUUUGGAGAAGCAGAACUGGUUGAUACAUCUCCACUAUAUCCGGAAGGAUUAUGAAGCAUGCAAGGCUGUUAUCAAAGAACAGCUACAGGAGACUCACGGGUUGUGUGAAUAUGCUAUUUAUGUCCAAGCAUUGAUACUUCGCCUAGAAGGAAAUAUCCAAGAAUCCCUAGAACUCUUUCAGACAUGUGCAGUUCUCAGUCCUCAGUGUGCUGAUAACCUCAAGCAGGUGGCCAGAUCUUUAUUUCUUUUGGGAAAACAUAAAGCUGCUACUGAAGUCUAUAAUGAAGCAGCUAAACUUAACCAGAAAGACUGGGAGAUCUGCCAUAACCUAGGAGUUUGCUAUAUUUACCUGAAGCAGUUCAACAAGGCACAAGACCAGUUGCACAAUGCCCUCCAUCUUAAUAGGCAUGAUCUGACUUACAUAAUGCUGGGGAAGAUCCACUUGCUGGAAGGAAACUUGGACAAAGCCAUCGAAAUUUACAAGAAAGCAGUGGAGUUCUCACCAGAAAAUACAGAGCUUCUUACAACUUUAGGAUUACUCUACUUACAGCUUGGCAUUUACCAGAAGGCAUUUGAACAUCUUGGGAAUGCACUGACUUAUGACCCUACCAACUAUAAGGCCAUCUUGGCAGCAGGCAGCAUGAUGCAGACCCACGGGGACUUUGAUGUUGCCCUCACUAAAUACAGAGUUGUAGCUUGUGCUGUUCCAGAAAGUCCUCCACUGUGGAAUAAUAUCGGAAUGUGUUUCUUUGGCAAGAAGAAAUAUGUGGCAGCUAUCAGCUGCCUGAAACGAGCCAACUACUUGGCACCCUUCGAUUGGAAGAUUCUGUACAAUUUGGGCCUCGUCCAUUUGACCAUGCAGCAGUAUGCUUCAGCUUUUCAUUUUCUCAGUGCAGCCAUCAACUUCCAGCCAAAGAUGGGGGAGCUUUACAUGCUCUUGGCCGUGGCUCUGACAAACCUGGAAGAUGUAGAAAAUGCCAAGAGGGCCUACGCAGAAGCAGUCCGCCUGGAUAAGUGUAACCCUUUAGUAAACCUGAACUAUGCUGUGCUGCUAUACAACCAGGGUGAAAAGAAGGGUGCCCUGGCCCAGUAUCAGGAGAUGGAGAAGAAAGUCAGCCUGUUGAAGGACAGUAGCUCUCUGGAACUUGACUCUGAGAUGGUGGAGAUGGCUCAGAAAUUGGGAGCUGCGCUUCAGGUUGGGGAGGCACUCGUCUGGACUAAACCAGUUAAAGAUUGCAAAUCAAAGCACCGGACUACUUCCACCAAUAAACCUGCCAGCAUCCAGCAGCCUCUGGGCUCUAAUCAGACUCUAGGACAGGCGAUGUCUUCAGCAGCUGCAUACAGGAAGCUCCCCUCAGGUGUUGGAGGAACAUCCCAGCUCUCAAAGCCACCAUCUCUUCCUCUGGAGCCAGAGCCUGUUGUGGAAGCAAGUCCAGCUGAAACAUCAGAACAAAUGAGAGAAAAAUAAGAAUAGGCUGACCCCAGAGUAGGGGUUUCUUAGAUGAAGAUGUUCCAAAUGGGGGAAGGUCACAUGACAUAAAGUGGAGGCCACCACUGUUCCCUGGCAGGCACCACAGAAUUAAAACACAGAAUGCAGAACGUGUUGCGAUGGUCAUGAGGAGCCCAAGGUCCUUCCUACCUGGCUGGUAGUAGCGUUUGAGGUAGCAGCCCCUCUAUUAGACCCAUAAGCCGGGAAAUAGGGAGAAGUCAGCAUGGACCGUUCCUUUAACAAGUAGGAGCAAGGCUUUUGAGACUAUGUAUGUAACUGCAAGUCAGCAAGGCAUAUGAUGCUGUUUCCUUUUGAAAGGAAACUUUUAUCUCCUGGCUGACUGACCCCUUCCUUUGUGCAAGAGAAGACUAAGAAAGAUGUCUGCUCAGUAGCCCUGUGAUGGCAAAGGCUUGGUUUGCCCGGGAUAUAUUAGUCCCCAAGGCAAACACAAAUCUUGUAAAAAAGCUAAGUUGAGUCCCAGCCUGAUGUGUAUCCCAACUACAUUUGCCCAAAGGGAAUCUAGAACAAGCUCUAUAUUUUGUUCUUGAGAGAGGUCAGAGUCUAGAAGCCAGAUCAUGUGAGUAUGAUAAGGAGUAGGAGCCAAGGGCUGGUCUAGUAUCAGCACCAAAGAUCUAAAAUAAAACAAAGGGAAGUGCUUUUUAGCCGAAUAAUUUUUAUUUAAGACAAUCAAUGAUAACCACUGACCAGAUGGUAUUGAUACAUUAUCUGUAUGUCCUUUUAAGAAUAAAGAUUAUGUAUUAUCAUUCUUUUGGGGAAAGUUGU